ACUUUAUGUAGAAAAUCUCAAGAAAAAAUGGAAAAUAGACCGUCCCCGAGUGAACUUCCAGUCAACACUGCUGUGCGGUUAUGCAAAGAAACUACUGAUAUUGAUGUUAUAAUAGAACUAACAAAACACGAAAAUGCACGUGUAAGGAGGACAGCUCUGGUAGAAAUGUGUCCCUGUAGGGUUAAAAAGGACCUGAGUGACUUCUGGGCCCGGGUGCUGGAGAUGGUAGACGAUGCUGACCCCCUGGUCAGGAAACAGGUGCUCCACACUCUCUGUGACGGGUCCCCGGCUCACCUGGAGACACAGGUAGCCGAGUCCCUGGAACUGUUCAACAGAGACAGUGACGCCCAGAUCCGGCGGACAGCUCAUAAGGUGCUGGGUCACUACUGGAAAUCCGGCAAGUGGAACAUACUGUGAGGAUAACAAGCGACAAGACGUUAGAAAUGAUUUGUUCUAAAGUAGCUGGUUUGCAUCAAGCGAGAUGGACAAUGGCAAGAAAUGGAAAUAUUGUACUGUGAAUUUUUACACCUACUUCAAAGAUACAGACAUAUAUA